GAGUACAUCAAAGGCAUCUGUGAACCUGAACUGGAGGAAAGAGAGUGUUACCCCAAAGCGAUGCACUGCAUUUUUGUUGGGGCUCACAGUCUGUUUCUGAAAAGCUUGAUCCAGGAUACGUGUGCAGACCUCUGUGUCCUGGACAUUGGCCUUCUCGGCAUCAGAGGAAGCGCGGAGGCUGUGGUCAUGGCCAGGAGUCAUAUUCAGCAGUUUGUGAAGCUCUUUGAGAACAAUGAGAACCUACCCAGCAGUCAGAAAGACUCAGAGGUAAAAAGGGAAUUCAAGCAAUUCGUUGAAGCUCGGGCAGACAAUUACACAAUGGAUUUGUUGAUUUUGCCCACUUCCUUGAAAAAAGAGCUCUUGAGUCUCACCCAGGGCGAGGAGAAUCUGUUUGAAACCAGAGGCGGUGAGGUUAGUGAAACUGGAGAUGCUCAGCAAACAGAGUUUGCACAGAAUGCUGCCACAGGACUGAGUGUUUCUAGAGAUGAAACUGUUCUGCAGGAAGAUGUGAGAAAUAAAGCCCGGACUCCCGUUUCUGAGCUUACAGAACAAAUGGACACGGUCUUUUCUAGUUCACCAGAUGUGCGCUUUGUGCAGCCGGUAAAUGGUGUAAACCCCAACGAGGAGGCCCUUUCCAAAGAGAGAGUUUGUUGCAAAAGGAGAUUUUCUGAUUCCGAGGAAAGGCACACCAAGAAGCAGUUUUCCUUAGAAAAUGUUCAAGAGGAAGAGCUUUUACAGGAUGGCAAGCCAUCAGCUGGAAAUGUCAUCAUCGACCUCUCUGACUCUUCUGUUGACUCUGAAAACUUAAGUCUGGAUGUGAAAGACACUACAGAGGAGAUGGAAUACAACAUCCUUGUCAACUUUUUUAAAACCAUGGGCUACUCUCAAGAAAUUGUUGAAAAGGUCAUUAGGGAGUAUGGGCCUUCUACUGAACCAUUAUUGCUCUUGGAAGAAAUUGAAAAAGAAAAUAAACGGUUCCAAGAAGACAGAGAAUUUUCACCCAGUACUGUGUAUCCAGACACCACUAAAACCAAAAGUAAAGGUAUUUGUGGCAGCACAAAUGAGCUUACAGCAGAUUCCACUCCGAAGAAGACACAGGCUUACGCACAGCAAAAUACAGGAGAGAAGUUUUCUCAGUUGCCAUUCAAAGUAGAGGCUAAACCAUGUACCUCAAACUGCAAACGUAGUACUUUCAGAGCAGUCCCAGCAGAACAGAAACACGAAAUCCAGGGCCCACACCAUAGCUAUGUCUGUAAUGCAGACCUUGAAACCGAUGGCCUUUCCGCCUCUGUCACCCCACCAAGUCCCAAAGAUGUUAAUUUUGUUUCAAGGGGAGCUUCAGGUCACCAGCCUAGAGUCCCAGUUUUUCAUGAAAAUGGUUUACAGCAGCAAGCAGAAGCCUUGCUUCCGAAUAAUGUGAAAGCUGCCUGUGAGAAACCUUUGGGGUGUUGUGGCGCUCUUCAGCCCAAGCCAAACUGUCUACCCCUCUCACCAGCAGGGCCGCUGCCCCUGCUGCUACCUUCAGUUAGUGAGGCAAGAUUGGCAGGACCUUCCGAUCACAUCGAUUCCUCAGUUACAGGCGUUCAAAGGUUUCGAGAUACGCUGAAAGUACCCUACAAGCUGGAAUUAAAAAAUGAGCCCGGAAGAGCGGAUUUGAAGCAUAUUGUUAUAGACGGGAGCAACGUUGCCAUCACCCAUGGCCUGAAAAAGUUCUUUUCUUGUCGUGGAAUUGCAAUUGCGGUUGAGUAUUUUUGGAAGCUUGGCAACAGAAACAUCACUGUGUUUGUCCCUCAGUGGAGAACGAGACGGGACCCCAAUGUCACAGAACAGCACUUCCUCACCCAGCUCCAGGAGCUUGGAAUAUUAUCUCUAACUCCUGCUCGGAUGGUCUUUGGAGAAAGAAUUGCGUCUCAUGAUGACAGGUUUCUGCUACAUUUAGCGGACAAAACUGGUGGCAUAAUUGUAACAAAUGAUAACUUCAGAGAAUUUGUGACUGAGUCCGUCUCUUGGCGAGAAAUUAUUACAAAAAGGUUACUCCAGUACACCUUUGUGGGGGACAUAUUUAUGGUUCCUGAUGACCCUCUGGGAAGAAGUGGACCUCGGUUAGAAGAGUUUCUUCAGAAGGAGGUCUCUCUGAGAGACAUGCAGCCCCUGCUCAGCGCUCUGCCAAAGGUGGGCAUGUUUGACCCUGGACUCAGGGUCCCUGGUGCCCAGCCAGCCAGCGCCAGCCACCAGCCUCUGGCCCGGACCCAGGGAGCAAGCCCGGGCCCCUGGCUCCCUCUGCAGCCCCGCCUCCCACUCCUGGCCAGCCUGCCCCUGCCUGCCCAGAGGUCCCCUGCAGAAACCAGCGAGCUGAGGGAGGCUCUGCUGAAGAUCUUCCCGGACUCUGAACAGAGGCUGAAAAUCGACCAGAUCCUGGUGGCCCACCCGUACAUGAAAGACCUGAACGCGCUCUCUGCCAUGGUGUUGGACUGAGGCUGCCGAGCUGAGGCCGCUGGUGACAGUGCAGAGGCUGCACGUGCUGGGAAGCUCCUGAUGAAGACAUUCCUCGUGUAGACACCCUUGUAUAGAGAAAAGGAAAAGGUGUGUAUAAGAACAACCCUGGAUUUCCAAAACCAGCUUUUUUCUAUAUAUAAAUUAUGCUGCUAUUACAGAUUUAACAUUUCUGUAAGAGAAAAGUAUACAUUUUCUGCCUGUUCACAACUGUUUAAUAGCAGUUCCAGUGUAUUUACAUUUUUAUGUUUUUUAAAACUAUUUUCCUUAAAGCGGAUAUUGACAAAUGGAUAUGGUUAGCCUUUCUAAAUAAAAGAGUUGCUUUCUUAAGGAAAGCAGUUGCUCUUAAAGUAUA